AUGGCCCACUGGGAAGGAGUACCCUCUGGGCCUCUCUCCAACACUCUCUCACUGGUUGUGCCCCGUGAACCACGCCACAGAAGCCCGCCACUCCCCAGAGUCCCUCCACCCAGAAAUAGUCCAGCGGUGACCAAAGGACGCAAGUGCUCACCCGUGGCCAAACACUUCAUCUCAGACGGCAAACUCGAGGACCAUUUGGCCACCAUCCUGCCGCCACAGAUUGAGAAGAUGCUGAAGAGUAAGAAGGUUGACCUGGCCGGUUUGCUUGGGAACUUGAUAGCCACAGUGAGCGACUCUGGCCUCCUGUCCCUUUUAAACAUCACGUCAUCCCUAGAUAUACUUGGAGGUGGUGGCCUUGGUAGCAUCCUAAGCCCGGGAAGUGGCAAGUCCCCGCAGCUCCCACUGCUCUCAGAAGCCACUGGUGCUGUCGGUGAUCUGCUGCCCCUGGGCCAAGACGGACUGGGUAGCCUAUUACCCAUCGGCGCAGACAAGAACCCCGAAAAAGGACUCCUCCCGAACCCCGUAAAAGGACUGCUCGACGGUGCUGGUCUCUCUGGCCUCCAGCAGCCCCUCAAUGACGUGGUCGACAAAGUAGGCCAGCUCAAGGACUCCACCCAGGACGUGCUCAGCGGCACCCUGCAGUCAGACAUUACCAAGAAGCUCACGGGCCUGCUGGGAGACAUUAACGUGGAAGAACUCUUGCUGGGAUUGGAGGUUCAAAAGGUGACUGUGAAGGACAUGAAGUCGACUGUGGCAGGGGAUGGGAUCCACACGCACGUCACGACUACCGCCUCCGUGGGUGGAAAAGGCCUAACUGGACCCGUAAUCAGCCUAGUGGGAUUUGAAGUCCACGGGGAUGUGACUCUGAAAAUUGGCGCUUCCACAAACAGCACCCACUGCAUCAAACUCCAGGUCCUGGAAAAAACCAUCAAUGCCAACAAAGUGACCCUUCAGCUAAUGAAGACGCUCACAGGUGCUUUGCCUCUCCCCCUCCCUAUGCCGCUGCCCUUGGAUGACAUCAUUCCUCAACUGUUGACAGUAAAUAUGAAUGAGAACACUGAAGAACCAGACGCCUCUGACAUCAUUCUCAGUGAUGGCAGCGAAUGCAAGAACUCCACCGGCUUGUUCACGUACACCAUUAAAAGUUCCAGAUUGUCCACAGAAGGUCUUUCCACCCUCUACUGCGCCGAAGCCCACUUCAACAAAAAGACAGUCCCUGUGACUGGAAGUCAGCUCCCUCAAGAUGCCAAAAAUGCCAACGCUUCCCUAACUCUGUCCCACACGAUGCUCAAGACGAUUGUCACUUUCGCUGCGAGGCAGAGCUCCCUCAAGAGAAGUAACCUGGACGCAAGCAUCACCAAAAUCGUCUACUCCCUCCAGCCCAGCAAUGAAGUUCAAGCCACCUACUGGGUUAACAUAAGAAAGAACGAUGAGAGCUUUGCCACAGGGCAAACGAGCUUAAUCAUCUCACAUGUGGGCAAGAUUUCAAAAGACAAACUGCUAGCAGACAUCAAACUUGUGAGCUCGGAACACAGUGUGACACCCCCUGAAGCCUUAGAUGAGUUGCAAGAGGUGAUGGACAAUAUUCUGAAGCUGUUCUGGUCUGGCCUUACUGAACAACUUCAACAAUGGAAUAUACCACCAGGAGUCAUCCCAGACCUUCUAGCCAAUUGCAAGGUUAUGGUGCUUAAAUCGACGGAUCUUCAGGCAGCAAAAUAAACCCAGCGUCUCUGAAGCCAGGCAAUGCUCCACAAUGAAAGCAGAAACACUGUGCAAUACUUUAAUAUGAAAUUUUAUGCAGAGGAUAUCCUUAUGAUUAAAGAGCCAAGUAGAGUUAGUAUUCUUUAAAUGUCAAUUAUCCUUUGGAAUUUCAGCAAGUACCUUGAAUUGACAAGUGCAAGAAAGGCAAAAACUCAGGGAUUUUUGACAGUUUUAAAAAUCUCUUUAAUAAAUAACCUGUUUUCAUGCAAAAAAAAAGGACUCACUUGUCUUCAAUUCCUGCAAAUAGGAAUUUCUUCCUAAGUUCAUGACUAGUAAAAGUAUUUCCUUUGGGACAUAAUAAUUAAUAUCAACGAUGAGGCAACAAAGCUCACUAUUAUCUAGUGUGCUAGAGGACAAUUAAUUAACAACAAUUAAGACUGUCUUCCCCUGUCUCUGCUAUUCCCCUCGCCAACUCCAAAUGCUUUCAUUUGCAUGUUGGCCCAAUGUGAAAAUCAUACAGGAGUUAGAAUCCAACUUUUCCAUGGUAAUAAUAUGUGUAGAGUUUGUUGUUUAAGUACCUGUCUGGGUGUAUAGCUAGGAGUGAAAUGGCUAUGUGAUCUGUUCAUUCUGUGUUUAAUGUUUUGAAGAAUAGCCAACCUGUUUCCUAUAGUAACUGAACAAUUUUUACAUUGCCUCCAGCAAUGCAUGAGGGUUCUGAUUUUUCCAUAUCCUAACCAGUGGUUGGAGGGUGUUUAAGUAGGUAGAGUAUGUGUUUUAUAAAGCGUACCCUGGGUGCCAGGUGGAGAAUGGAUGAUAGGUGGCAAGGGCAGAAGCAGAAAGCCCAGUUGCCAUGGUGAGUGACAAUGGUGACUUGCUCUGGGAUGGUGAUGGAGAGGAAUACAUAGACAGGAGAGAUGCCUUGAGGCAGAAUCCACAGGGCUUGGUCUGUUGGUGACAGUGGGACAGGCAUCAAGAAUGAUUCCUAGAAAGGAAAGGUGGGUGGAUGGUACUACUUACCACGGUGGGACUGACUGUGCAAGGUACUGGCCUGACUAUUCACAGGUCACAGUGAAUAGUCACUAGUACGGACUAUUCACAAUAGGCAAAGGUGUAAACAAC